AUGAAUUCCACUUUUGUUUCGCAGGCAGCUGCAAACCCCGUUAUUGGAUACCUUGAUUCGGUAGGCACCGCGUCUGUGCUCUACCUUGAAAGUCUCUGGGCUCGUUACUAUGCUUGGGUUGGUAGUGACUUUUUGGCUACAGGUCUCCUCUUUCUUGUCAUCCAUGAAGUCGUCUAUUUUGGCCGCUCUCUUCCAUGGUACAUUCUUGAUCGCACUAAGAUUCUCAAAAACUACAAGAUCCAAGACAAGGAAAUCCCAGACUCGGAACAGCUUCAAUGUCUCAAGGAUGUACUUAUUUCUCACUUUGUCAUUGAGGCAAUCCCUAUCUUUGGCUUCCAACCUAUCUGCAACAUUGUCGGCAUUGACUAUUCAGCAAAUUUCCCAGCCCUCAAAUAUUUUCUGAUCCAAAUCACUGCAUUUUUCUUUAUGGAGGACACCUGGCAUUACUGGUUCCACCGCUUGCUCCACUACGGACCUUUUUACAAGCACAUCCAUAAGCAGCACCACAAGUAUGCCGCACCAUUUGGUCUUACUGCAGAGUACGCCCACCCUAUUGAAGUUGCUGUCACUGGUCUUGGUACUGUCGGUUCACCCCUUCUUUGGUCAUAUUUCUUUGGCCACGUUCAUCUAGUCACUGUCAUUACUUGGGUUGUUCUCCGUCUCUUCCAGGCCAUUGAUGCCCACUCAGGCUACGAGUUCCCCUGGUCUCUCCACCACUUCUUCCCUAUUUGGGCCGGUGCUGACCAUCACGAUGAUCACCACAAAUUCUUUGUUGGUAACUACUCGUCUUCGUUUAGACAUUGGGAUUAUGUGCUUGGUACUGAAACACCGUCUACUGCCCGCAAACAUACCUUCUUGAAAAAUACAUCUGUUCUUGACAAGAAGAAGAAAUAA